CCUGCCCCCCUCCUUCGCUACACACGGCGCCCUGCCCUCCCUAGGCCCACGCCUGCACCGCCGCGUCCCCGUCACCCCCGGCUCCCGGGAUCCCGCGCUGUGGUCCCGCCCCCCGGCCUUGGUCCAGCUUCUCUCCUCCUAGUCCGGGUUACGUGGCAGCACUACCGUCAGCAGCAGAGCGGCGGACAUAUUACAUGUCGGCCUGGGGAAGGUGCUGAGCGGUAACCGGCUACGUCCCGCUAUACAGGGCUCCACACAGCUGAGCUGCCGGUGCAAGUUCCCCAAUCACAGAAAAUGAUGGAAGAGAGCGGCAUUGAGACAACCCCCCCUGGCACUCCUCCUCCCAGCACCUUGGGGAUAUCAACUGCAGCUGCUCCAGCUAUUGCUGCCCCACUUCCUCCAGUUUUAUCAAGUCCACUGGCUCUUCCGACCAUCUCAUCUCCCCAGGGUCUUCCUCCUCCUCCUACUUUCUCAUCCCCUCUUCCAUCAGUUCUUCCCAUGAGACCUUCAGCUCCCUUGCCGUAUACACCUCCACCUGUGGCCUCAGGAGGUUUGCUGCCUCCUCUCCAUACAUCAGCCUCUGCAGGUUUCAGCAGUCCAUUGCCAUCCCUCUCUUCUCCUACAUCUUUUCCUCCUCCUCCACUCAGCUCUACUCCUGCACCUGUUUUAUCAGCACCACCUAUGGGUCCUCCGGUUACAGGAUUUUCUAUGGCUUCCACCUAUGAUAUUACAAAGGGUCACGCGGGGCGAGCACCACAGACACCAUUGAUGCCUUCAUAUUCUGCACCCCCUGUCACAGUUUUACCAAACCCCGUAACUCAGUUUGCUUCUGUUGCACCUGGUACAUCAGGCUCUUCCAUUACAUUUCCAGAGGAGUCUGAAGACCCCAGAGUGCCUGCAGCACAAAAUGAGCUGCCUGCUGGAGGAAUCUGGGGCUUCAUUAAGGGAGUUGCUGGAAAUCCUGUGGUGAAAUCUGUGCUAGAUAAAACCAAACACUCUGUGGAGAGUGUGAUCACUACUCUGGACCCUGGCAUGGCUCCAUAUAUCAGAUCUGGAGGGGAGCUGGACAUAGUGGUAACCUCUAAGAAAGAAGUGAAAGUUGCUGCUGUGCGAGAUGCUUUUCAAGAAGUGUUUGGUAUGGCCCUUGUAACAGGAGAAGAUGGGCAGUCAAACAUUGCUCCGCAGCCUGUUGGCUAUGCAGCAGGCCUAAAGGGAGCCCAGGAAAGGAUCGAUAGCCUGCGUCGGAGUGGUGUGAUCCAUGAGAAGCAGCCUGCUGUGUCAGUGGAAAAUUUCAUCGCUGAGCUUCUGCCAGACAAGUGGUUUGACAUCGGCUGUAUCAUUGUUGAUGACCCAAUCCAUGGAAUACGUUUAGAAGCCUUUACACAAGCCACACCUGUGCCUUUAGAAUAUGUACAACAGGCCCAAAAUCUAACCCCCCAAGACUAUAACCUCCGGUGGUCCGGGCUCUCAGUGACAGUGGGCGAAGUUCUGGAGAGAAGCAUGCCCCAUGUCAGCAGGACUGAUUGGCAUGUGGCAUUCACAGGCAUGUCCCGUAAGCAGAUGAUUUACAGUGCAGCCAAAGCCCUGGCAGGAAUGUACAAGCAGCGUCUCCCACCAAGAAGUCUUUGAAAACAACCCCACUUGAUAUUUCUUUUUAUAUAAUUGUGUUUUUUAGACCUGAAAUUAAGACCAAAUGACUUGGAGCAGUAGUUCUCUAUUGUUAAAAGGAAACACAAGAAACUGCACAGUUAUUUCUAUUGAGAUAUCUAAUUUUCUGUACAAUCAAGAGGUUACAACUUUUGUUAGACAUCUGGGAAUGUAGUGCCCCUACGUCUGCCUCCACCCACAAUAUCUGUGUGUUCAGCUGCUAUAGAGGUACCUAUAUGGCAAGUGGUAGGCUAGGCUUAUAAGCAAAGGAGUAUACGUUAUAUACUGCCUAUACAUUCUUCACUAGAUACUUCCAUUUAUUUACUUGCCAAGCUUUAAUUUCUAUGUAUGUCAGUGUAUGUAAUACAAAGUCUGUCUGCUUAAUUUCAUGUAGAUCAUAUAGCCAGGAAUAUAUAUUGGAAAUGAUUGCACCUUAAUUGUCCCUUCCUUUCUUGGUUAUUCAUUUGUAGAUAUUACAGUUAAAGGGAUACUGCGGCGAAAAGUAACUUAUCCCCAAGUACUGGGACUCCAGACAUCUCCUGAAAGGGUCCCAGUUUUCUGAGAGGAGUGCGUGCUGGGGUCAGCAUGCACUCCAUUUAUUUCUAUGGGAAUGCUGGAUAUGCCAGAGUACAGCACUCGGGUCUCUUCUGCGCUCCCAUAGAGAAUGAAUGGAGCGUGUGCUAACCCCAGCUUGCGCUCCCACAAUCUGACACUUAUCCCCUAUACUGUGUAUAGGGGAUAAGUUACUUUUCACUGCAGUACCCUUUAAAAUGCAAAACCAUAUCCAGGUAGCUUAAAGUGUACCUGUCUUUUGCUAAAAAAAUAAAAU